AUGGCGUGGCCUAACCCGUUUCGCAGACGGGAUGUGAACACGAGGACAUGCUGGGGCUACACAUUCCAGUUAACUCCGGAACAUCUGACGGCCGAGCAGGCACAUCCGCUGAAGUUCUCCUACGAUGUGCUGGGGGAGGAAUGUUACGAUAUCUUGAAUCGAUUGUGCCCACAAGAGGCUAAAAACCCAGAAACUGCAUCACUGAAACCAGACUCAGCUCACAUGCCCGGAGAGUCAGCAGCAAUGGAGGAGAAACCACCAAAGUUAAAAAGAGAUCUCUAUGCCAUUUUUCGCGAUAACCACGACAAGGAUCCCAAACUCCAACAGCUCUGGGACGAGGUCACGACAGUUCCAGACUGGGUCGACUGGGACCAAAUCGCACGAGGGCAGGAUGUGUUCUACCGAUACGGAGGAGCGACCUUGACAGGGCUAGCCUAUCAAUCUCUCCUGGGCGGUAUGGGAGCCAACCGAGUCGUCGAAGUCCUCGCCCGGACAGGGGGCUUCUCCGUCAAAGUUGCGCGGCACCGACUCUUCGAAACCGCACAGCACAUCCUCGAGUGCACACGGUCGGUCGAAUCCAUCCAACCAGGAGGCGCGGGCUUCGCGUCGAGCCUCCGGGUGCGGCUGCUCCACGCCGCCGUGCGCGGCCGGAUCAUGAAGCUGGCGAAUUCCCGCCCGGAUUAUUACUCGGUGGAGAAAUACGGCGUGCCGAUCAACGACCUCGACAGCAUCGCGACGAUCGGCACCUUCUCGGGAACCAUCAUCUGGCUCUCGCUGCCGCGGCAGGGCAUCUGGUUGCGCGAGCAGGAGGUCGCCGACUACAUCGCGCUGUGGCGGCUGAUCGCCCACUACGUGGGCACGCCAACGCAAUGGUUCGAGACGCCGGCCAGAGCCAAGGCGAUGAUGGAGUCGCUGCUGAUGAACGAGAUCAACCCGACGGAAACUUCCAAGAUUCUUGCCGCCAACGUCAUCCGCGGCCUCGAGGCCCAGCCGCCCACCUAUGCAUCACGGUCCUUUCUCGAGGUCAACGCCCGCUGGUUGAACGGGAAUGAGCUCGGCGAUGCUCUGGGUCUGGGCCGUCCCAGUCUCUGGUACUGGGCUCUCAUGGCCGGGCAAUGUAUCUUCUUCAUGAGUGUUUGCUACUUCUAUCGAUCGGUGCCGAGCCUCGACCGGCGGAAAGUGGCCACGCUGAGGAAGGUUCUCUGGACACUCAUCGUGGACCAUAAAUCUGGCCUUGGAGGCGAGACAGUCUUUGAUUUCAAGUAUAUCCCCGAUCUCAAUUUCAUUACGCCGAGAGGAGGGGAUGAAAAAGCUAAAAUGAAGGAAUCAGGCGUGGAGAGGAGGAACUUGAAUACCUUACUAAUCGCUACGGGCUGCCUGGCUUUCGCAGGCUAUGUUGGGGUGAAAGUGACAUUCGGGCUUAUAGGAAAGCUUUUCUAA